UAUCCCAUGCUAAUGACCUGCCUUUGAUAAACAUGUGACUAUGCUAAUGAAGGGCGUUAGAGUACAGGAACCCAUCAGCCUUCCUUUCCAUAUUGUGGGAGGAACCUUUUCCCCCAAACAAAGGCCCCGCCCAUAGGGGGUGGGAUCCAAAAUGGGCUAAAAAGCUGCGGGAAUGAGAGCUGAGUUAGUUUGGGGAAGAGACGUGUGGGUACAGGGUACAGGGGCUCUGCAGGCUAAUGAGGAGACUCUGCCCAAGGACAGAAGAGGCACAGAAGCCCCAGAAGCUGACAAUUCUCUGAUUCUUUGGAUAAAGACAAGAGGCCAUUAGACCGUGCAACUUCUCCAACACCAGGAAAUCCACACAUUGGAGAGAAAAAUCUGUUUCUGACUGAGAAAAAGCUUUAGUGCAAUGAGCAUUCCCAACUCCCAGAUGGAACUUCCCUCAGUGGCACAACAUGAAUGCCCAGAAUGUGGGAAAAGAUUCUCGGAAAAAAACAAACUUAUUGUUCAUUACAGAUUUCACACCGGGGAGAAACCAUUCAUGUGCACGGAAUGUGGGAAAACUUUUAGGCGAAAGCAAUACCUUACAGAACACCAAUUAAUUCACACAGGGGAGAAACCAUUCAUGUGCACGGAAUGUGGGAAAGAUUUCAGCCGAAAGCACUACCUUACAGAACACCAAUUAAUUCACACAGGGGAGAAACCAUUCAUGUGCACAGAAUGUGGGAAAAGUUUUAGAGUAAAGCAUAUCCUAACAGAUCACCAGAGAAUUCACACAGGUGAGAAACCCUAUGCAUGUACAGAAUGUGAUAAACAAUUCAAUAAAAGGAGCAACCUUCACAGCCACCAGAGGAUUCAUACAGGGGUGAAACCAUUUGUGUGCAUGGAAUGUGGGAAAAGCUUCUCCGACAAGAGCACCUUUCAAAAGCACCAGAGAAUUCACACAGGGGAGAAACCAUUUUCCUGCACAGAAUGUGGGAAAUGUUUCACCACAAAGAGCGAGCUUAGCGGCCAUUACAAGGUUCACACAGGGGAGAAACCAUUUUCUUGCACAGAAUGUGGGAAAUGUUUCACCACAAAGAGCCAGCUUAGCAGCCAUUACAUGGUUCACACAGGGGAGAAACCCUUUGCUUGCACAGAAUGUGGGAAAUGUUUCACCAAAAAAAGCCAUCUCAGCAGCCAUUACAAGGUUCACACAGGGAAGAAAACCUUUGCUUGUGCAGAUUGUGGGAAAAGUUUCAUUUCAAAAGGAAACCUUACCAAACACCAGAGAAUUCAUGUGCGAGAGCAACUUUCAUGUGUAGGGAAACCUUAUUUGUAGGGAAAUCUUAUUCUACAAAGUAGAACACCAACACCGUCAUCCCCACCGAGGAGAAACCAUUCACUUGUACAGAAUGGGGUUUCCCCAAUAGAAGGUUUCAUCUCCUCCCCCAGAACAUUCAUACAGGGGAAGAGAUACAGUCACUGAUUUCUCCCCCAUAUUCUCCCAUUCCAACAUUGCCUAUUGGCCAUUGGAGCUGCCAAUCAUAUCUGUAGGUACCAACCCACACACUAUGGGGUUAUUUGUAUGUAAAAUAUAUUCCUCAAUAAAUGUAAUGCAAUAUUUCAGUU